AAUCAUUUUUCACAUUUUAUCAAAUGCUUAUUAGAGGUUUAUAAAACGUUUGAUAAAAAUUGUUAUUCAUAAUCGUCAUUUAGCGCUAAAAUCCUCUUAUAACUGUGUGAUAAGUUAUCGAGAGCUCGGGCCUUGUUUAAAGCUCUAAUAAACCUAUUUUAACCUAACUUUUAUAAAUGUCAUUUCAUAUGAAUGUCACUUCGUUGGUUUAUUUAUUCAAAAUAUCCUUGCUGUGAUCCUUGCUUGUGAAAAUGAAUGCUAUAAAUGCAAUUGUGCAUUUAGCCAAUAAUGCCGACCCAGCGCGACGUAGAAAGCUCUACCGCCAACGAAGCAACCCAUUCGAUUUGCGGGACCUAAAUUUUAAAAUAAAAUAUAGGUUCAAUAAGGACACAGUGCGCACCAUCAUAGAUUUGGUGGAAGAUGAUCUGGUUCAGAGCGCUAGAGGUGGUGGCACGUGUCCUGAACUGCAAGUUUUAGUGGCCAUAAGAUGUUGGGGACGUCGUGAGGUACAAGAUGAUGCUGGUGACCUCCAUGGCCUAAGUCAGCCGACAGUGAGCCGGAUAUGCGCCAGAGUCGCGCAUGCAAUCGCGAAUAAGGCAAAUUCCUUCAUCAAAAUGCCUAUCACUAUAGGAGAGCAGGAAAGAAUUAGUGCCAAAUUUAGAGCAAUUAAAAAUUUUCCUGGGGUGAUAGGAGCCAUAGAUUGCACCCACAUUAAAAUUAAAAAAACCGGAGGUGAAUUUUAUAAAUCAACAUUUUUGAAUGAUACUGUUCCUGGCAUCUUAAUGAAAAUAAAAAGAAUAUUUGAUUGA